UGCUUGACGCUUGUGCAACUUCAACGCAUUUUUCUCAUCUUGGUUGUUUUCCCCUGUAGUAUUCUGAAUUUUACAAGGAUAGUAGCUUCCCGAUUGUACACGCUACACUUAAAGACUUCUUUUACCUGUCGACCUGCGUGACAUGUCUGACUGGUGACGCUUUGAGGCAAGGAGUCUUUCCGAAAGAGUUUUCGAGUCAGGCCUAUUUGUGUUCUUUCACAUCAGUGCAGCUGGUGGCUAACACAGAAAUGUCACUGGCCGAGUAUGAGAGACAUUUCGACUCGCUCAAUUCAGAUUUGGCCGGCGGGUAUGUACAGAGCGAGCGGUCGGCGUCGGCCACGUUUAAUGGCGAAGAGGAGAGGUUGCAUUACAUUCCCAUCCGGAUCCUCGGGAGGGGGGCGUUCGGUGAAGCGACGUUGUACAGAAGAAGCGAGGACAACUCCCUGGUUGUGUGGAAGGAGGUGGACCUGAACUCGCUCUCAGAGCGUGAGCGCAGGGAUGUCAUGAAUGAAAUAAGCAUUCUGUCUAUCCUUGAACACAACAACAUCAUCGCCUACUUCAAUCACUUCAUCGAUAAAAACACUUUGCUCAUCGAACUGGAAUAUUGCAAUGGAGGGAAUCUUUAUGACAAAAUCGUCCAACAGAAGGGGAAACUUUUUAAUGAGGAGGUGGUUAUUUGGUACCUGUACCAGAUUGCCUCAGCAGUGGUCCACAUUCACAAGGCUGGUAUUUUACACAGGGAUAUUAAAACUCUCAACAUUUUCCUGACCAAGACAGACCUCAUCAAGCUUGGUGAUUAUGGUCUUGCAAAGAAACUCGGCUCAGAGUUUUCAAUGGCAGAAACGUGUGUUGGAACUCCAUAUUAUAUGUCGCCUGAACUGUGCCAGGGAGCAAAGUAUAACUUCAAAUCUGACAUCUGGGCCAUGGGCUGUGUGCUUUUUGAAGUCUUAACUCUUACAAGAACAUUUGAUGCAACGAAUGCUCUGAACCUGUGUGUCAAAAUAGUCCAGGGAAACUGGACUAUGGAUGUGAACCGUGAUGUUUAUGGAGCUGGAUUGAUCAAGCUGGUAUAUGAGUGUCUCGAUCAAGACCCUGCAAAGAGACCAACAGCGGAGCAGGUUCUAGACCAGCCGGUGCUCUCCUGCUGCCGACAGGAGCUUCAGGAGCGGGUUGCCCUCCUGAAUUCUGCAAUGAAGAAACCAAAGUUGAGUACAGCGACAGAAUCCCCUGUGGCUGUGGUGACCACACGCUCAAGGGAGGUGUAUUUCUGGGGCGGAGGCAAGUUCACACCCCAGAAACUGGACACCUUUAAAGGAGGCAGCAGUGCCCAACAUGUGUGCGCUGGAGAGAGUCACUUUGCUGUGGUGACAGUGGAAAAAGAACUCUACACUUGGGCAAAUGUUCAAGGCGGCGCCAAGAUGGUGGGCCAACUGGGGCAUGGAGACCAAGCUUCCUACCGGCAGCCCAAGAGGGUGGAGAAGCUCCAGGGAAAGGCCAUCCGGCAGGUGGCGUGCGGUACUGACUUCACUGCCUGCAUCACUGAUGAGGAUCAAAUGUACAUGUUUGGUUCAGACUAUUACGGCUGCAUUGGUGUGGAGGGUGUCAUGGGUAUGCAGAUCCUAGAGCCGGUGCUUCUGGAGUUUUUUGAGGAGCGGCCAGUUCGUCAGAUUUCUUGUGGAGACAAUCAUGUGGUAGUGCUCACCCACAGCGGAGAUAUCUUCUCAUGGGGCUGUGGAGAGUAUGGGCGUCUUGGCUUGGAAUGUGAGGAUGAUUUUUCUUCUCCAAUGCAAGUGGAGCUCCCUAAAGGCGCCACCAUCUCUUCUGUGUCAUGUAGCAGUGAUGGAACUUUCUUUUUGACUGACACUGGCAAAGUCCUAGCAUGUGGGAACAAUGAAUUCAACAAGCUAGGUCUGAACCAGGAAUUCUCUGGUCUCAAAAACCACCCUGGAGAGGGUUACCAGGGUAUCCCAUAUAUCACUACACUGACUUUGGCAAAGCAGCUGUCACGCUUCAAAAUCCAGACUAUAGCUCCAGGGAGGAACCAUACAGCUGCCAUUGACGAACGUGGUCGCCUCCUCACAUUCGGGUGCAACAAGUACGGGCAACUAGGUGUCAAAGACUUUAAGAAACACCAAGGUGUGCAAGUCCUGGUCGGACCGUUUGGGGGAAAGAUAGUCAACAAAGUUUCUUGCGGGGACGGCUUCACGAUCGCAGCCACCGAGGACAAUCAGAUCUUUGCAUGGGGAAAUGCAGGAAAUGGACGACUCGGAAUGCCUGCUGAUAAGGGAUUUGGUUCAGAGGUUUGUCCUGCCAUGCCAAGGCCCAUCUUUGGAUCGCUCCACCAUGUGCCAGACCUUUCUUGUCGUGGCUGGCAUACCAUUAUCAUCAUGGAAAAAGUGCUUAACUCCAAGACCAUUCGCUCAAACAGCAGUGGAUUGUCAGUUGGUAGUAGGAUUGGACAGGACGGUUCCAUCGCCACUGUGGAUCUGGAAGUGGAGCCGGGUUCAGAGACGGAGUGCCGUGACAGGGGCCUCGGGGGUACCGUGGAAGUUGAUCUUGAUGCUUGCAACUUGGAGACGCCAAUGAUGUCAAUGGCUAAUCAGACUGGAGACAGUUCAUGUCCUCUCUGGCUGAGAAAGGAGCUUGAGGAUGCUGAGUUUAUCCCAAUGCCAGAGGAGUCAGAGCUUCCUCCUGACCAACUUCCAUCUUUCUCAGAGAGCACCACUCUACCAUAUGAUGAGCUGAAAGAGCUAAAGGCUGUUGCAGCAGCUGUCAGCAGUGAACAUGAUCUAUCGACUACGCGAAUGAGUGAUGACAAACUAAACGGCCUUGAGGAGGCAGGCGUCUGGAGCCAAGGUGACUCAAUCUCGUGCUGCAGAGCGAGUAGCGAGGUGGCACAGCUGAGAGAGAUGCUCACUCAGCAAGAGAUGAGAAUCCAGAUGCUGGAGAAGCAGGUCAGUGAUCAGCAAAAGGACAACGAAAGAUUGUUGGCGGCAUUCAACCAGUUGUCGCUGGUGGAAGCCAGAUGUGACAAUAACGGCAACCACUGCGGCGGUAAUGUACCUGAGGACGGGGGUGGAGGGCGGCCAACUGGAUUCACACAGCAUGGGGGCAGACCUGCGGGGUCCAGCCUGUGAUGCCCAGCUUGUUGAUACCCUUCUCAAUGGGAGAUGUGACUAAACUCUGUAUUUUAGGAAUUCAUCAGCCUGGUUAUGUGAGAAUAGAAAGCCCAAUUGCAGUAGAGAUGGCUUUCUCACACACCUUCUUAACAAGCGUCGUGUGUGCUAUUAUGAACAGUAUUUAACAGAGCACCAAGUUGCAUCUUUAUUUUAUUGCAUAUGCCCAAUUUUUCUCAUGCAAAUGUUGCGCACAGGCUUCCUACAGACUGAAAUGUUGGCUGGGUUCAACAUGACGCGUCAGACAAUCUUAGUGUUUUUCCAUCCACAAUGUGAAUAUGAAGUCCUUUUUAUGAGUGAUCAUUGUUUACUUCUCGUGAUGUCACCCCGAGGCUUUUGUGCUCUCAUUCUAGCGCCCAUCAUUCAUCAGGCUUAAACAAAAUUUUAAAAACUUUUCAGCGGAAAUGUGGGGCCUUGAAACAGAUUGGUUGAUUGUGUUCGUUUGUGUGUGUGUUUGUGUGUGUUUGGCCAGGAUUAGGCAAAAAAUAAAGAUACUCAAGUUAUUUCCACAAACUUUGUGGAGGGGGAGUCCCUGGGCUCAGGAAGAAAAAUUACAUUUCAGUGUAGAACCUGAUACAAGACCUUGUCAGAGGACUGCACUCACUCUUGAGCACUCUUGUUUGCUUGUCAAGAGUGAAAAUGGCUCCUAAAAAGUUUAAUUUUAGAUCCUCUGAAUCAAACUUAAAAAUCACCUUUUUCAAAAUCACCAAAGAUGUGUUAUUGUCAGGCUGUCAUCUGUUCAUGGGGGGACUUGAUCACCUAAAGUUUUAAUAAUGUUUUAAGUGCCAAAUAUAGCUAUAUCCUCAGAAAUGUGGGCUAUUUGAAAGUUAAUCUCUUAUGCAAAUAUAUACUUUCAAAAUGUGCAAGUAUUCUUUUAUAUUCUUUGGUGAAACUACUGAUGAGCUAUUGGUAAGCAAGUUCUCAUUUUGCCCUUUUUUGUCUGGCUGUGUAAGUCUGCCAUUUUUAUGACAAACACUUGAAUGGUUUUAUUAGAAUGGGAAAAUACUUUUUUUCUAUAUGAAAUGAUAAUUUUUGCUUUAUUUGGCAAAAUAACCUUGUGUUUUGUUUGACUUUAGUUCUAUGUAUUAUAUAAACUCACGCGACAUCGCCUAUCAUAUCUUUGAACAUUUGUUCAAUAAACUGUCCAUUGUGAGACGUAUUAUCUUAGCAUGAUGCUUAAUGAUGUCUUAACAAGCUUUUGAAACCAAAACCUGUGUAAAUAUGUUUAUGUGUCUUUUGGGAUAUAUAUUUUUAAGUGUGUGACAGCUUCAAAAUGUCAUCUGAAGAGUUGUCGCGUAAAGACAUAUAGUCACAGAUGUCUUCAAGUGUAUGUAAAAUACAUAAA